CAGAGGUAACAGAGUGCCAGCUUUAAUGCAGCUCAAGUGCGGGUUCAUGCCAGCUAAUGUCGGCCCAAAUUCGAAAGAACUGAGUACCUUAUUCUUGCAGAGCGAACACGUUGUUCAACACAUCACCGCCAACCUUGUGAUUUUAUUUUGAUUCGCAUCUUCUCUCUCCGUGCAGCGUGAACGAAGAAACACAAUCUACACAAAACCGUACUACCGAAUUUACGAUUUUUCAUUUUUUUCCCCCAUCGCUGAACGGACGAAGAACAACCGACCUUUUUGGCCUUUCCGAUCGAUCGCACAGGGCGCAACAGCCACCCGGCGCCGCGGGACCUCGACCGAAUACUGGGCACUUGGUUUUGAUUUGCCCCAUGCACCGCCGUCGUCGCACCGAUCUGUCGACAACACCGAAAGGAGCUCGUCCACUGCUUCAACAAUCGCUAGUCUGACGGUGACGGCUGCCACCGAGAUAGCGACUGACAGAUAGUAUGCCUCCGCCGCCCAACAGGUUCCCGACCGGGCCUACCACCAUCUCGCCCUACCAGCAUCAGUUUCCUCCACAUGGCCAAGGCCACGCCGGCGGGCAUCCGCCGCCGCUGGGGAACCCGGCCUACAUCAAUCCCAAUGCUCAACUGAACCCUUUCGCCGCCAACGGAGCCCUAAGCCUGGCUGCAGGCCUGAAUGCUGCCAGUGGCUUUGGCGCCCACGAUGCUUCGGGGCUGGGCAGCCACGCUGCGCGUCUGGGUUUUUCCCAGGGUGCUACUCUGCAACAACACCAUCAGCAGCAGCAGCAACAACAUCACCCACAACAGAGCCAUGGCGUCAUGGUCGACCACCCCACCCGUAACCAGACCAAGGGUCGUAUACGAGAAGUGUGGAAGCACAACCUCCACGAGGAAAUGGCUGUGUUGCGAGACUUGAUAGAGAGAUAUUCAUACAUAUCAAUGGACACAACGUUCCCAGGCGUGGUUUGCAGGCCAAUGGGAUCUUUCAGAUCUAAGAGAGACUACCACUACCAGUGCCUACGGGCCAACGUUGACAUGCUCAACGUUAUCCAGAUAGGCAUAACCCUGUUCAACGAGGACGGUGAGAACCCGCCAGCGCGUCCCAACUCUACCGACGUCGCGGAGCUCUUAGGUGCAGCAGGUCGGAGGAGUGCACAACAGGGGCCUUUACCCUAUACGUGGCAGUUCAACUUUCAGUUCUCACUGAAGGACGACAUGUACAGCCAAUCCCAAAUCGAAUCGCUCCUGCAAGCUGGCAUCGACUUUGUCGCCUUGGAACGCGACGGCAUCAACCCGAAAGAAUUCGCAUCCCUGAUGAUCUCGUCAGGCAUGGUGUGCGACGAGAGCAUCUCAUGGAUCAGCUUCCACAGUGCUUAUGACUUUGGUUACCUGCUUAAGCUCCUCUGGUGUAAUAUGCUGCCGGAAGACCAAGACGAGUUCAAGCAACUGCUGAGAUUGUUCUUCCCCAACGUAUAUGAUGUUAAGUACUUCAUGAAGCACCAGAUGAAGCCUCUCAACGCAAUAGGCUUCCAAGGGAUCGACGGUGCUAUCGUUGAUGCGCUGCAAAAGUUCGACCACAAGUCAACGCUCGAGACAUUGGCCGAAGUGCUCAAGGUGAAGCGCACCGGGCCUGCACACCAGGCAGGCUCGGAUUCUCUACUCACCGGCCGAGCCUUCUUCCAAAUGCGCGAGAAAGUCUUUGGUGGCAAGCUGCCAGAGGACAUUCUGGGCCAGGUAUGGGGACUAGAGGACUCAGAGCCUGGGCCAUCGAUGUCGCUAGCGUCUGCCAAUGCUGCUGCGGCCGCGAACCAGGGUGAGAGCGGCGCAAAUGGCACUCAAGGACAUCAUUUACAACAUCACCAACAGCAGCAACAGCAGAACGGCCCUAGCACACCAAAUACCGUUUCUGCUAGCCUGGUGACUACUCCUGGAGCAGUGUCGCACUCUCACAACACAAACGGUAUGGGCGCGGCAGGCAUGGGACCAAUGACACCUGGUGGAGGAGGUGGCGCGUUUGGCCACUUUGCGUUCUCGAGCCACCAACGGUAGAAUCCUGGUGUCUAUCCAGGCCAUCAGUCCAAUCUUGACUGGGCUCGCCGGUCCCUGCUUGACCUCCCCUCGAAGGCCUGGCGACAACCACGCAGUCAACCCUGCGCACCGUCCACACAUUACAGACCCUCUGCCUCGCUUCAGGCUCUUGGUCCUCGACCUGCGCCGUCGCAUCAUUCUUGGAGCCCUUUUACUUGUGCCGAAACUCGCGGACCGCAUCAUCCCGGCACCACACCGCAGAGGCGAGGCCUACUCCCUGAUACUUCUAGAUCUGCUCCUUCACAUCCGUCUCGGCCCACUCUUGCAGCUUCAGCACCACACUCACGGCAACGUCCGCGGCCGCUAUCGUAUGAGCUCACUAUGGAAGGACAGCAGCAGCCGCCUGCAAAUCAUCGAUGGUCUGCUGACUUCGCCAUGGGCGCGCCAUAGCAGAUGCUGUAUGGCUCGCCUGAAGUACCUGCUGGCGGUACAACUACCCUGCACUUCCUUCACAGGUGGUUUAAGGAGCCGAUAGUCUUUUAUACAUGGAAUGAUUUCUUUUUCGACAGUAACGUUUGAUUUUUGAACGCUACCUUAGGGAUUGGGCUUUUGGAGACACCUGUCAAAAGCGAUGCAAUGGUUAUGAAAAGGGGAGGCGUUGUUCUUGGGAUGGGUGCGCAAGGCAGGCUGGUUGGUGUUUAUGGAUUCGAGCCAAUGCGCUCCGCUUGUAUGAUGUUGUCUUCUGUAGUAUCCGCCUCUUUUUCUGCUCAGGUUCACCAUAUGUCCUAUAAAAAGUAUACCUUUUUUCUCCUGGAUUUCUUCGCUCUUGGCUGUACAUUCAUUCUCAAGAGUCAUGGCCCGUCACAGGACUCGACCUGACGUUUGUAUCUUACCUCGGUUUCCCG